CAAAUUUACCAAAAUGGAGAUAAGUUUAUUAUAGAGAGUAAAUCAUAUAUGGUUCUAAAAAAACAUAAACCACGUUACUUGCCAUGUAAACCACGUUUUACCGAAAAUUAUGCGCACACAUUUAUUUGUUGAGGACAUGUUUGCCUCUAAAACAAUACUGCUAGAUUCUGGCAGAGAAAACAAGGGAGCACGGAUAUGAACCAUGACACAUAUUGUGAACCACAAUCAAAAUGUUUCUUCUUCUCCUCUCAACACAACAACAACAACAAGUACAAGGGUUGCUCAUCGGGGCGGUGGCGGUGGAAGCGGAGGAAAUGGAUCGCAAGCUUGUGCGGCCUGUAAAUAUCAAAGGAGAAGGUGUGCGCCGGACUGUUUGUUAGCCCCUUAUUUUCCUGUCGAACGAAACAAGGAAUUUUUGAAUGUUCAUAAGCUUUUCGGUGUUAGUAACCUAUUGAAGUUAUUGAAAAAUGUUCAGCCGUUUCAGAGAGACACCACGAUGAAAUCGCUAAUAUUUGAAGCUAACAUUCGGGCUGGUGAUCUUGUCGGAGGAUGUUACAGAAUAAUUAUGAAUUUAGAACGGCUAAUUAAUUUUUAUGAGACGGAAUUGCAAUUUACUUACAAUGAGAUUUUCCGGGUACAAGCUGUUGAUAUACAAAAUAAUAUCAAUCGGACGACUGUCAAUACGAAUACUACUGAUGUUCAAGUAAUGAAUAGUAUCGGAGGAUUCCAUCGAUCGGAAGAAAUUGACGGAUUUGGUGACUAUAGUAUGAGUGGAUUUGGUGAUUCAUCUAAAAGAAUUAAUAGUAUUAGCUCAUUAAAUAGUCAAAUAAUUAAAAUAGAGCUACUCGACGAUAUCAAAGACGAAUUUGCAGUGAGACAAGGUGAAUUUGAAACUAAAGUAGCAAUUUCAAGCUCGAAAGACAAACAAUCUAUGGUUGAAAAUGGGGAUUUGAAGCCAUAUUUUGGAAAGAAUUGUAAAGGCAAAGCUUUAGCAAGCGAUGAUGACAAGGUUGUAUCGAACACACGAGUUAAUUGAGCGUAGACGGUCUUUCUAUCUUCACAAACACGUGUAUAACCUAUCUUCUUGGUUGUUAUACUCUUAUGCAGGUAGAGAAAGGAUUAUUUUUAUUUAUGUUUAGAUGAUAGAGGUAAUUUGGACUUGGAAAGUAGAAAAGAGAACAAGUGCUAUUACUUACAAUAAUUCUCCUUCAUACGAGCAAGCAUUUUGGAAAUUACAAAGAGACAAGUGCAUAAAGUCAAGUGGCAGACACGCAUUAGCUAAAAUAAAGGAAGACAACUUCUGCAGAUAUUUUGAAGUUCCGCCAUAUAUGGUUUGUUUCAAAGAUAGACAAAGCAAUGGCUUACAACCAAUUCACCUACUCUGGGACAUUUCAAUAGUACUAUUUCUUGUCUAUCCUCGAAUUACUGGCUGCAUUGCCACUAUCUUGUAAUAAUGCAUAUUAUCCUUGUUUAUUAAAAAAAAAGAGGAUAGCUGGUUAAGUAUUCAUAACUAGUUGCGUUAGGAACAACAUCACUAAUAGCUUGGGUUUAUCAUAAUAAUUCUGACAUUCUAGGCAAUUGGAUUUCUACUUUCUUUAUUUGUUGAUGUUUUCCUCUUCCCCCUCCAUUUGAUCAUU